AUGUCCACCGACCUAGCGAUCCUCAGCAUCGCCGUUUCCUCUCAACAUACCAGAUCAUUCGCAACCUCAUCGAUCGAAGAUGCGAUUCGAGCCCCCGUGGCCUCUACUACUCCGCGACAGGCCCGCCCUAGCACCAGGCCGGAUCUCAAAGAUAGGCAAAAGCUGGAAUGGGCGGUCAAGAAGCACCUUGAGCGCAUGGACGACCCCUUCAUCAUUGCACAGCAUGUCAGCCGCACUCUCGCAAAGGAUCGCUACGACGAGGCCCUCCUCCUUGUCCAACAAGCCAGCAAGACGGCCCAGUGCGUGGUCUCCUGGAAUCACUUGAUCGACUACCAGAUGAAAAACCAGAAGCUCAACGCCGCUGUCCGUCUCUUGAACGACAUGAAGAAGCGCGGUCAGCACCCCGACGAGCUCACGUACACCAUCAUCUUUCGCGGCUGCGCCCGCUCGACGUAUCCCAAGCUCGCCGUGGCCGAAUCAGUCCGCUUGUACAAGUCAAUGACCAAAGACGCAAGGCUCAAGCCGAACAUCAUCCACUUGAACGCAGUCCUCCAGGCUUGUGGCCGCGCCGGCGACCUCGACGCCAUGUUUUCCCUCCUCGAUUCACUCGAUGACAGCAAGCUCAAGCCCGACACACAUACCUAUACCGCCAUUCUACAGAGUCUGCGCGCUUCGGCGGAAGACCCCGCGUCUACCAAGACCGCAUCGCAGCAGCUGCGGAAAGAGCGUGUAGCUCAGACUAUUGAACGUUGCAAGUCUCUAUGGGAGGAAGUCAUGCGCAACUGGCGCAAGGGCGACCUCGUCAUUGACGAGCAUCUCGUCUGCGCCAUGGGCCGUGUGCUACUUCUCGACAAAUCAACCCGCAGCCAGGACAUUCUUGCCCUGGCAGCUGAGACGAUGAACCUGCCGAGGUUCGACAAGGAUAGCAACGCCAAACCCCACGAUGCCGUCGACCCCACGGCUCCAUCGCCCAAGUCCUCGAGUAAAAGAACUGCGGCGUAUGCUGCCCCCGGGAAGAACACACUGUCUCUGCUCAUCACCAUCCUCACCGAUGCCCGCCUCACCCGCGCCGGCACCCGGUACUGGCAUCACAUCCUGGACACCUACGCCGUCAAACCCGACGCCAAGCUGUGGGAGCAGAUGCUUCGCCUCCUCCACCUCGGACGUGCCAGCGCCGAUGCUGCCAGCCUCGCCGCCGCCAUCCCCCCGCCCCUCGCGACCCCUUACUUCUUCCGCCUUGCUCUCGCCACCUGCCUCCGCGACAAGAACAGCGCCCGCAUGCCCGCCAACGCAGCCGCCAUAGUGGACAGCAUGUCAGCCGCCGGCCGGACGGAUCCAAAGUCGCUUGCCCUCUACCUCCAGCUCGUCCAAGGCCGCGGCGAGGACUUCUCCCCUGCCAACGUGGACGAGUGGAAGCCGUACUGCAAGCGCCUCGCGGACGCGCUCGACAAGGUCUGGGAACCGUACCGUCUUGCGAGCGAGAGCGUCGGGCUGCCGAGGAUGGUCGAGAGCCGGAAGCCCUGGAUCAGGGACACCAGCGCGUAUGAACGCGUCAACGAGGUCGUCGGGCUGGCGCGCGAGAUGGUCGGCAUUGCAGGGCGCAUCGGGCGCGUCGAGGACGUACUCGACAGGAAGACUAUGAAAGUUUUGCAGACGAGGCGAGACAGCCUUAACAGGCAAGUGGUCGUCUUUACCGAACUCCGACAGCAGCUGCCGGCCAGCAUCAUCGGAGAGGAGAGUGACGCUGAAAGACCAAUGUCGGAAAAGUUGGAGUGGUAA